CGCUCGUCAACUUUUACCCGAAAUCCUCACCGAGAAAUGAGCCUUCUUGCUCUGAGCCUCUUUCGACCUCGUUGGCUUGCUCUCCACGAUGCAGACCAGUGACCCGGGCUUGCUGUUCCGAACAUCAGCAGACAUCCUUGCUGCGGAAGCCCGAGCUCGGAAAGCUGUGGCUUUGGAGAAAAGGGGCUCGCCCUUCUCCUUGGGCGCAAAGAUUCUGGAUCUCAAGCUUGGUCGCGACGAAGUUAUUGUUGGGGACUCUAGUGGGGCUGUCAAAUGCCUUGAUGAACUUGGUAGCACCAGACGUAAGGUGUACAGAGGACACGCAGGACCGGUCACAUGCGUCACGCUCGCACCUUGCUACCAGUCCGAGUCCACCUGGACGGCACUGUUCAGUGGUUCUUGGGAUAAGUCGAUCCGGAUUUGGAAUCAUGAUACUGGGGAGCUGAAGGCUUCGCUGGAGGGACACUCGGACUUCAUCAAAAGCCUGCUUUCACUGACAUCACCAUACGAGCUCCUGUUAUCUACAUCGUCAGACAAGACCAUCCGUGUCUGGGAUCUCGAACUGUUACGGAGCGGCCAGGCUCCCAGCUGCGUGCAAGUGCUCCGCGAUCACACUCGCCCGAUAACAAGCUGCACCUUGCAAUAUGGCGCAGAAAUGUUCGUCUGGACAGGCGAUUCGAUGGGAGUCGUCAUUAAAUGGACGGUUCGGAACCGUCGAAUGGUCCUGUUACAGACUACAGCUUGUCACGAAACGAGCAUAACUGGCAUUGAGGCUACAGAGGACGGACUAUGGACCUGCUCGAUGGACAAGACCGCCCAGUUUCGUCAAUGGUCAUCGUUUGACAAGCCGAUCAUUUUGCAUCACGCUUCUUAUGUGACCUCUGUGUUGCCUUUGAAGGACACGUCCGUUUCAGACAUCGUAUUGACUGGCGACGAUGACGGCAAUAUUCGCGUUUGGUCCAUCGAGAGUGAAGAAGCACGACUGAAAGCUACUGUCGAGGGUCACGGAGCUCAAGUCUCGGUGAUGAGACAAUGCAGAAGGAUGGAGAAUGGCUGGGAGGUCUUCAGCGGUAGCCUGGACAUGACCCUCAGGCACUGGACUCUCGAAGAUCUGCUCCAUCCUCCACUGCUGCUUACCGGCGACGACACUCCAGACGGGGAGGAGUCCCUGUUGACAGAAGAGGAGGAGAGAGAGCUGGAAGAGCUGAUGGCAUAACGGAACCAGGUGGUGCACAA